GUUUUAUUUUAGUUAGUAAAGUGAAUUUUAACCUUUUGGUUGAUGAAGAAUUGGAGGAUUCGAACGGAGGGCCACCUGCAAGUUCUAUCCGAACAGUUCCGGGUUGUGCAGAGUCAACGACCGUAGCAGGUGCUGGAAGUCUUCCACAGUCCACGGUUGUCCACCAGAGACACCCGCCGCUGCACUGCUGCUACCGGGGUUGAUCCUCUGCGGGUCGUUGAACGUCACCAGAACUUCUGUGUCGAACUGUGGAAGACGGAACACAGCCAGGUGGAUCCUCACCAUAUUCCUCGCUUCUUCGUUAAACUUGGACACACAUUGGGUACCAGUGAGCACCCAUGCGCAGCUGCACGCCGACAGGGAGAGCUCGGGUUUGUGUAAGGGGACCACACUCGUCACCUCCUGUGCUUCAGGGUGUGAGGCGGCAUUGCUGCCCGCGAUGUCCUCAAAGUGGUACCGGGCUGCCUCCUGGUCCUCUACGUGGGCUUGGUACUCCAGCAGCUCCACGAUCAGGCUCUGGUCGGUGUGAGCGUGGACGAACACCUCCUGGUUGUCCGGAAUCUCUCGGAGCUUGCUGACGUCCGCGGCGCUUUGAGGGAUAACGGCCGAGAACGCGCCUCCGAAAAGUGGGCGAGGUUCAUUGAUGGACUGCAUGUCAAGACCACCAGAUUUAUUUCACAACUUAAUGCCCAAGAAGGUUGAAAAUGUCCUCAAGGUGAGACGAAAAGAGGCGCGCUCGAGACCUCAAAGUGGGGUGUGCAUAGCUGUUGUCUGCAUUCACUUCCUGGUCAGGUGACCAGACGCCAGCUGAGCUAGCAAGCUAUCUGUCAUGAAGCAGCGGACUAUAGGCUAACAUCCACAACCAUGAUCCUCUCAUUGACGCCUCAUCCUCCGGAUAUCGUUUGGUGAAUCCUCGCAUCGCGGUCUCCUCAAAGAACCACCACGAAACUCUUACGUUGACAUCAAAGCCAGCUUCUGUUCUCUCUGCUUUCUGGAAAGUACUUCUCACUAAAGGCCAGUUUCCAGUUGCCCUGCCAGAAUUGGACACGGGGAGAAAGCCACAGUUUCAAAACUGAACUGGAUUCAAUGAGGGAGCCCGAACGGGAGGAGCAGCCCAACGCCGAUAUGCCCCCCAAGUUUAAACGACACCUCAAUGACGACGAGGUCACAGGAUCCAUUCGCAGUGAGAGGAGGAACCUUUUGGAAGAAGACUCUGAUGAAGAGGAAGACUUUUUCCUGCGGGGGCCCACAGGACCCAGAUUUGGACCCCAGAAUGACAAACUCAAACAGGUGCAGUCACAGGUGGAUGAGGUGAUUGAUGUGAUGCAGGAGAACAUCUCCAAAGUGAUAGAGAGGGGCGAGCGUCUCGACGACCUGCAGGACAAGUCAGAAAGCCUAUCAGACAAUGCAUCGGCUUUCAGCAGCCGAGCCAAACAGCUGCACAGGAGGAUGUGGUGGAGGGACAUGAAGAUGAAGAUGAUCAUCGCUCUGGUUGUGUUGGGUCUUCUGCUCAUCAUCAUCAUUCCAGUGAUUCUGCGGUAUCGCUAGUCUAUUGAGGAGGAGGAUGACGGACGAUGCUUCUCCCUCUUCAUCUGUGGGAUCUUUGUGCAUGGUCCUCUCCAGCUUGGAUCAUGCCAACCAAACAGUCUCCAACCCACAUCAUUAUAGCAUAAUUACUACUUUUCACAGCAGCACAACAACAAAGAGUAAGGUCACACAAUAGUGAGCUGUCACUGUCCACCCUCACCAGACUCCAGUGUGUGAACCCUUUGGGUACACUACUACUGCCUCGCAGAGUAAAACUUGAAUCCUUAUCUGUGACGGCCAUCUUGUACUAUUUUAAACAGGCCUGCAGAUGCCCCUCCAACGUCUGCCCAUGAUUCCAUCACGUGCGUGCUCUCUCAAGCGGAUGCAGGGUGAGCACGUGCACGUUCUGUCGUACAAAAGCAAUGCAGCGUCUGAGAUGCAUCUUCUCACUCUUGAUCCCAAACGUCUGCCAUCGUCGUCCUUAGCCAGUUAGCAGGGCUGCAUCAAAACCAAAACCUCCAGGUUAUGAAUGUUUCCGGGCCGGCUUGGUCACCCCUUCUCCUACUUGCUGCAGAUGGUCGAGUUUGGUCCAGUAGUGCUUCUAGUUUUGUCUUAUUUCUGCUGUGAUGUAUGAAAGGUGAGGGACACGUCACCUUCUCUUCACCUUAGCAUUCCACAGGUCAUAUUGCGAGGAAUUUUCAAUUUCAAGCUGUGAAUAACUCCAGAUUGUCAUGUUAUUGUUCUUAAUUUAUUUGAAGCUGUAAAUAUUGAUUCUGUAAGAUGACACAAUACUUUGGCAUUCCAACCCUUACUUUCCCCCCCCCCCUUCCUGAAAUAAAGUGCUUUUAAAG